GAACCCCCAACCUGCCAUUCCACAACCCCAAACCCAAACCGCCCGAAACAACCAGCAAUCGAAGAAAAAUGGCGUCCAUUCCUCUCCUCCGCCUCUCCCUCCUCCCACCCCAGACCUCCCCAUCAAAAAAACCCUCCUCUUCCUCUGCCAAUAUCACCGCCCGGUUGCCUCAUCCGCUCCGACCAACGGUCCCGAUCUCACUCCCCCGACUCACCCCACCACCACCAACCGUCCGAUCCAUUUCCAUGUCCUACAACCCAACUCCGGCCACCGACCGCCUCAUCUCCGCCGUGGCGUACUUCCUCCCUUUCUUCAACGGUCUCCAUUACGGGCGCUUCGUCUUCGCCCAGUACCCCACUCUGGGCGCCGCCUUCGAGCCCAUCUUACCUCUCCUCAGCCUGUACCGCUCUGUGCCGUACGCGAGCUUCGUUGCCUUCUUCGCACUCUAUCUCGGGGUGGUGCGAAACCCUAGUCUGAGCCGGUAUGUCAGAUUCAAUGCUAUGCAAGCGGUGGUGCUGGAUGUGCUCCUCGUGAUUCCACUCCUUCUUCAGCGGAUCUUCAAUCCGGGUCGGGCUGGGAUUGGGUACAAGAUCAUGGUGAUGAGUCAUAAUGCUAUAUUCGUGUUCAUUGUGUUUUGCUUUGUUUAUAGCUUGGUUUAUAGUAUUCUGGGUCGGACCCCUUACUUGCCCUUUGUUGCUGAUGCUGCUGGUAGGCAAUUGUGAAAUAAAGCCUAGGGUUUAGGGCUUUUUUGUUUUUUGGGUUCUGCUAGGGUUUUCCUUGUUUCUUGGUAUGCUGUACUGCAAAGAAUAUGUCUACAAAUUACCAUUAUGUGAAUUUUUGCUUUUUUCACAA